UUCCGGCUAUCGAUGGUGUCACCGCCGAUUAACCACCACUUGCCGACGGGUGGGAUAUAAGUUUAGAAAUUUCCUAAUUAAAUUAAUUUUUCCAAUUGCCCAAAUGCACAUUCCGCCAGCCCGAGUUUCCCGAGCGUAAUGGAUAUUUAAGCAAGACAAAGCGUUCCAAACCAGUGCAAAGCUCUCAUUCGUCGGAGUUUGACCUUAAAAGCAGAACAAAAGGGAAUAGGAAAAGAAAGGGUAAAAGACGGGAAAAAAACGGUAAUAAAAAACGGUAAAAAAUUCCCAAAAUGGACAGGACCUUUUGGAGCCACGCCAUGGGUGUGAUGUGGAUAGCUAUCCUAAGCAUGGGCAUGCAGGGCACACGGGCCCAGCUGGAUCUGGACCAGAUCCAGACGCAACUGCCCGAGCAGAUAGCCAAGUCGAACUUUAGCUUGGGCGACGCCAAGGAGCUGUUUCGCAACAAAUGCGUCGAGGUGGCCGGCGAGGAGGCGGGUGGCCACGCCUACGGGGAGAUCGAGUCGGGCUUCAUGGUCCUCACCGAGUGCCUGAACGGCAUUGUCAACUAUACGGCGAUGCAGGAGGAGAUCCAGGAGGCCAGUCCCAAGGGCGAGCUGGACGUGGUCUUCAAUAAGUACUGCAGCAGGCGUGCGAGUGCGGUGCAGUGUGUGGACACCUUCACCGCCCAGCUGGCGCCCUGUUUGGUGGCCGAGGAGCGCGAGGGUCAGGACGUGAUCAAACAGAUCAUCCAGAGCCUGCUGAACUUCGUCUGCCACAAGGACGGCGAUCAGAUAGCACUGUUCAUCGCCGAAAAGGGGCCCGAGUGCAUCGAAUCGCAGAAGGAGAACAUCCAGCAGUGCGUGAACAACACCUUCGCCGAGUACUUCAACCUGCAGGAUGUGCAGGACAAUCGCAUCAAGACGAUACCCAAGCUGACGGUCGGCCAGAAGCAGUGCGACGAUAUGCUGAACCUGCAGGCCUGCGUGGUCAGCAAACUGGAAACGUGCUCGGAUAUCACGCCGGCGAAUCUCGUCGAGUCGAUGUUCAACUUUGUCAGGAACCAAACGUUGUGCCGCGACCAUCAGAGGUCCCCGCAAAUCGCCGCCGCCGCCGCCGCAGCUGCGGCCAGUCGGGGGUUCCCCCAAGGAAGCCAGAAUGUUUUCCCCUAUCUCGCUUUUUAUUUGUUUAUUUUAGGAUUCUGUUUUCAAAAAUCUCCCUAGUUUUAAGACGGGAAAGCCUAUGCUCGAAUCAAAUCGAAUCUGUUAUACUCUUUUUUAAUGCUUCAGCUUGAUCAAAAGGCACGAUGAUAAUCACUGUUUUUAGCUUUCGCCUUGCUUUGCUAAUAAUAUUUCUCUGUGGCACAGGUGUCCAGAGUUCAAUCGCUUGAGGGUUUGCGCAUGCCAAAGUACCUAUAUAUAUGUAUGAAUGAUUUUCUGUUUUCCUUCAAUAUAAUACAUGUAGCUAAUGGCCAAUCUACAAUGCUGCUGUGUCAUGCGUUCAUCCCAAAUGCUUUAUUUUAAUUAUAAUUCCAUGCGAGGGGCUUGUAUGAUUCGAGUUAAGUUUGUAUCAAAUCAAAUCAAAUCUUGUAUUUCACCGAGGGCCGUUUGUGGUAAUCUCGCUAUUUUAAAGUGGAUAAGGUACGGGGGUUCGGGAAAGGAAAUACUUUACAAUAUAUGUAUAUGAAUCAGGAAUGAGAAAGAAAAUGUUUUGUAAGUGAAUAAACGUAUCAUUACUGUAAAAAUAAAGUGAUAAAUUUAAAAAUAAA